AUGUCCAACCAAUUGAUCUUUAUUACCGGAGCCACGGGCUUUAUUGGCAGCGCAACUGCGCUGGCAGCUCUCAAGGCUGGAUACCGUCUGCGAGUCUGUCUUCGCAAGCCCUCUGAGCAAUUGGAGGCCUUGCUGUCAGAGUAUAUUAACCAAGUCGAGUUUGUUACUGUUCCAGAUAUCACAGCCGAGACGGCUUUCGACGGCAAGCUGGACGGUGUGGAUUAUGUGCUUCAUCUUGCGUCUCCUCUUGCCCAUGGAACGAACAAGGAAACCUACUUCACCCCAGCUGUGAAAGGCACCACUGCCGUGCUGAAAGCAGCCGCAAAGGUGUCGAGCAUCAAGAAAGUUGUCAUCACUUCAUCGAUUGCCGCCUUGAUCCCGUUAACUGGAAUCCCUGCCGGUGGUGUGAUCAAAGAGGACAACGAUUGGGACUUUUCGGUCGAUGAACAUGCAAAUUUUGAGGACCCUGAAAACCCGGGCGCAACGCCAAUGAAACUGUAUAAGGCCUCUAAGCUUCUUGCGAAUCAGGCGACUUGGGAUUUCCGGGCAACAGCCAAGCCGCAUUAUGCUUUGGUGACACUGCACCCUGCAUUCGUGUUUGGUCACAAUAAUGUGCAGACGUCCGCAGACGUGACCGGGACUAACCGUCUUCUAUGGAAUUUCAUCAUGAAAGGCGACCCUACUGUGAAUAUCGGAGGUGUGCAUGUUCAAGAUGUAGCCGAUGCACAGAUCAAAGCCUUGGAUGCGAAAAUCGUUGAUGGCUCAAAGUAUCUGCUGGCUGGACCAAAGAUGACCGGCGCGAAUAUUGCGCCCAUCGUCAAGAAGUUCUAUCCAGAUUCAGGUGCAUUGGUCACCGAAGACAUCCAGGGUGGAGGGUUCCCAACUGAUACGACUAAGGCGGAGACAGAGCUUGGGAUGCAAUGGCGCUCGGUUGAGACUCUCGUGCGAGAUGUGAUGGACCAGCAACUUGGAUUUCUGUAA